AUGGACAAGGACCAGCAAUUCUACGUGCAUAUCGUGGUCCAUCGCGGAAGCAUCCACGACACGUCCAACGAGCGUCGGAUUGGGCUCUGGUUUGUUCCCUGCGAACAAGGAUCACACUACUACGUCCACGUCAAAGGUGCAUUCCACAGCUAUCAGUUCGAGAUGAGGCAAGACUGGGAUCCGACAUGCACCGGAAGCGCGCUUCCGCCCGUCUACAUUGGCAAGACGGACGACAUCUCGGCCGACGAGCUGGUCAGGCUCCUCAAGGACGUGCCCAUUGAGAACAACAAUCUCGAAUUCAACGGCCAGCAGUGGAUUUGGGGCGCCCUCAAGCUGCUCGCCUCGGGUAACCACUUGACUCGGAAGCAGAGAGACGACGGCUUCAACCGCAUGCUGGAGACUGUUCUCGAAGGCUCGUCCGAUGAGCUCCUGGAGCCUCGGCGCGGGCAUGUCUGCAGAAGCGGCAGCGAUACUACCGACGUCUAA